GCCUGGUGGGGCUGGGCAGGGAAGGGCAGGUAGCAGGUGAGUGGGCUGGGACAGGUAUCCUCCCCCUCCACCUCUGAGAGAGGACAAGGAGGGGUGGAGCAAUGGGUUCUGUUCCCUGUGGUACCUGCCUUAGUUGACAGCUAUGGACCAAUCCCUCUCUCCCUUUGGAUCAUUCACUUUCCCUUGUGAAGAACAUGAGCCUCGUGUCAUUGUAGGGAUGCUUAUGCCUGGAGUCAUAAAGUCAGUGUGGGUUUAGGCGUGUUUCUUAUACCUGAUGAUGCCUCCUUCCCCAGCCCCAAGCAAUAUCAAAUUAGCCCUGGACCUAGGAUCCUCUGUGGUGAAGCUAUCAAGUAUUUACUAAGCACCUACUACGUACUAGCACUGUCCUAAGAUGAUCUAAAUGAUUUAUAGGAUAGAUACAGUCCCUAUCCCUAAGGAGAGAAUUGGUACUAUUACAUGUAAAAUUGUGUGCUAUGUGCACAGUCACAAGAAUAUUUCUAAAAAAUACAUGCAAAUAUGCAAAGCAUUACAUUCAGAUGGAGUGCUGCCCUUCAAAGCUGCCCUUCAAAGCAACCUGGCCGUGGUCCCAAAGGUUUCCGGUCAUGGUCCUUUACGAAUGGUGCAAUUUUAUUUUCAACUUUUGAGUUGCAUAAUUGUAGAAAAACCAGAAAAUAUCAAAUAUUUCUUUUAAAGAAGAAAAAUCAGGCCAGGCACAGUGGCUCACGCCUGUAAUCUCAACAAACUAGGCUGAGUCGAGAGGAUCACUUGAGCCCAGGAGUUUGAGACCAGCCUGGGCAACAUAGUCAGACUCUGUCUUUACAAAAAAUAAAAAAAAAUUAGCUGGGCAUGGUGGCAGGUGCCUGUAGUCCCAGCUACUUGCAAGGCUGAGGUAGGAGGAUCUCUUGGGCCUGUGAGGCCAAGGCUGCAGUGAGCCAUGAUCACACCAUUGCACUCCAGUCUGGGAGACAGAGCAAGGCUCUGUCUCAGAAAAAAAAAAAAAAAAGAAGAAGAAGACGAAGAAAAAUCAGCCAUAAUUCCAUCAGAGAGGAAACCACUGAUAAUAUGAGAUAUUCUGUUCCGGUCUUUUUUCUAUGCUUAAUUUUUCCUUUUUAGAAAGUUAGGAUUAACCUAUUUUGUAACCUGAUAUUUGCACUUCAUAUUAAAAACAAGUAUUUUCCCACAUUAUUAAAAAUUGCAAAUGAUGCUGAUGUUGUUGAAAGUGAUUUUUGGAACCCCUUCUUAGAAUUGCUUUCAGAGCCAAUUUAUGAGGUGCAUUUAUUUUUGUUAUUUUUUGGACAUAACUUGCUUUUGACCCUGUUCGAUGUUACUCAACUUCAUCAUGCACUUUUGCCAAAGUUGGCUCUGGAUAUAAUUUUAAGUUUUUAAACAUUAAACCCACUCUCAAGGGCCAUAGAUCGGUCACCUUUGAAAAAAGUCAAAAGGUUGUGUCACAGGCUCUGAAGGCAAUUCUCAAAGGAGUCCACUAGUGCUUUCUUGGAAGAAGUUCGUGGUCUCUGAACACUAUGUGAAAGUACAGAACUUAUUUCAAUAUAUGUGAUGGAUAAUAAUAAUUAUAACAAACACAGGGUGCUCUCAUCAUGUGCCAGGCACUGUGCUCAAGGGAUUAUGCUUAUUAACUCAUUUAGCCAUUAUAAACAACCAAUGAAAUGGGUACCAGAAUUAUCUCCUUUACAGGCAAGGACACAGAGGCACAGAGAGUUCAAGUGCCUUACCCAAGUUCACACAGCUAGAAAGUAAGUGGAGCCAGGAUUUAAAUCCAGGAGGCAUGAUUCCAGUCUGUGCACUAACCAUGGCCCUCACCGCUCUCCCCAGAUGUUUGAUGCUUUAAAAAAGAUAGUCUCAUUAUUUUAGAGUUGCACAUAAUUAGGGGGAGCCCCUGAGGGGCUUCCCAGGGUUUUCUGACUGAGGCCAGCUCCUCUGAUGCCCCCAGGGAUUCAGUCUGGCUUCCUCUCCUUGUGCAGCGGCCACCACCCACACCGUCUCUUAUGUUUUUUUUUUUUUUUUUUUUUCUGGAACUGGCUCCCUUCUUCCUUGCUGUCCCUGAAAACAACCGCAGAGGCUUUUGGGAGUGGGAGCCAGGGUCUCGUUCUGUCGCCUAGGCUGGAGAGCAAUGGUAGUCAUAGCUCACUGGAGCCUCGAACUCCUGAGCUCAAGCAAUCCUCCUGCCCUAGCCCCCUGAGGAGCAGAUGUGUGCCACUAUGCCUGGCUAUUUUUAAGACUUUUUAUAGAGACAAGGUCUCACUUUGUUGCUCAGGCAGGUCUUGAACUCCUGGGCUCAAGCAGUCAUCCUGGCUCAGCUUCCCGGAGUGCUGGGAUUACAGGUGUGAGCCACCGCACCUGGACUUGCAGAGGCCUUUUUCAGUGUUCUACUGUGAUUCACUACAGCAAGUAGGUGGAAGUGAGGAUUAGUGGGGAAUAUAAGGCAUAACCAAGCUGCAAAGAUUAGAGAAGUUUCACAUAGUAUUUAGUCAAUAGAGACAUGUUAGCAGACUAAACCUAUUUAUUUCAAAUAAACUCUUGAGGCCAGCUAUAUGUUUUUUUCCUUCUUGUGAUUCCAUAGCACUUUCUCCAGUUCUUUCAUUGGGGAUCAUUCCACUCAAUCUUUUCUGGGUUGGAUACUAGGUCCUGCUACUCUGAUUAGGCUCAAGGUAGAUAGGGGUGCUGCCUGGCCUGGUGAGAUUCUCGAUCCUUACUUUCUUUGUUCUAAGGCCCCAGGUGAGAGACUUCUUGUUCUGAGAGCCCAGCACCUUCUCCCCUGAGUGUCCAGCUGCCCUGCAUGGGCUGGCCUGGCGGGCAGCGUUUCUCACCCCUCAGCCCCUGGAGCAGUGUCUGUUCAUGGCACCCUUUCACCUCCUCUCAGUGAAGCCCAGUCUCCCCAUCCUUUGUUCUGAGCUCAUGUCCAGGCUGAUCAAGCUUCUCUCAGAUUUCAGUUGAGAACAGCAGUUUUCCUUUGCUUCUCUUAUUUUGGCCUGAGUAGGACACAGAGUUGGUAGCUUCCCUGAGGGCACUGGUGAUUGGCAUGCCUGAGCUGACAGGCUAUUCACCGCAUAAAACCCCUUCCAUAUGCCUUUUCUGACUCCGCAAGGUGCUCCCUCCCUUUCACCUACAAAUCUCAAGUGGUGUUGCAGAACUGUGGUUUCACAAUAUCAAACCAUUCUAAACAUGCAGAACCAGUGAGAGGUACGAUCUCCUCCAGUGGCACAGAGGCCCAUUGCUCUAAAUCUCCUAAGUGCGCUAGAGAAAGAGAGAUCAAUGUGAACCGGAACCAGUGUAAACUGGAACAGUCAGGGGAGAUUUUGUGGCACAUGUAGAGUUUGCAUUUGGACCUGAAGUGUAAAAGGGAUUUUUGGAUGGGUGUGAGAGAGAAUGGGAAUUUGAGAACCGGGGGUAGAUGGGUGAGGGCCAUGGUUAGUGAACAGACUGGAAUCAUGCCUCCUGGAUUUAACUCCUGGCUCCACUUACUUUCUAGCUGUGUGAACUUGGGUAAUGCACUUGAACUCUCUGUGCCUCUGUGUCCUUGCCUGUAAAGGAGAUAAUUUAUAAACUAUAAGAGUGUUUAUGGUUAGAGAGAAAAAGGUUGGUUGAGAAGAGCGAGCCAAGAUGAUCAGGGUAUUAUGAUGCAUCUUCUCAUAUCAAAUUUUGAUGCCUACCAGAAUCACCUGGGGAGCUUUAAAAACUCUUGGCACCUAAAUUACACCCUAGAAUGUCUAGGGGGUGGGAGCCAUGUGUCAGUGGUUUUUAAAAAUCCCAUGUGAUCUUUAAAAGUUUGGGAAUAAUUUUCCUCUUUUGUUUCCUACAAGUAUCUGAAGCUUUGCAGAAAGAGUUACAAAGCAAUAGGACAAAAAGAAAAUGAAUGAGGAAGUAAGGAGGAACAGGUAAUGAUGAAAUAAGGAUCCAAUGAAGCCAGGGAAUAAAGUCAGCUCAUAACAUGCAUACUAUGAGAUGCUGUGCAGUUGCUACCAUGGGCCAGAAUUUUGACUCUGAGCUUCUUUGAAGCUAAAGCGAAAGGAAACCUGAGCAGUUCUGAAAGCCAUGAUAGGAGCCAAACGCUGUUUCAUGAAAAGCCCUGGGACUGCGGGGGCAGAAAGAAAUCUCUCCCGAGGCUCUUUGCAAAGAGAGCACCGUGUGGGGCCGUGGACAGAGCUUUCAACAGUGUCCUCGCAAUCCCACGGACCAUUUGCUAAGUCACCCCUUAAUGUUGGCUCUGGAGGUCAUUCAAGGCCAGAAUUAACUGGUAAGAUCUCAUGUAGCAAGAAAAGUUGACCGUACUUCUUAAGUUCUUGAUUUUUAUCUGUAGCUGAUUUAAAAAUCCUUCCAUCUCCCUGGGCUCCUGACUCAUCUUAAACUAAUUAACCAGACUUGUUUACUUGUAGAUAGAGUGGCUGCAUUUUGUCUUUCCUAUGGUCAUUUUUUAUUGUCCUGGCAAUCAACUCAUCAUUUCCUUCAUUAGGCCAGGAGCUCGGAGGGACACUGCAUUGAUUAGGGCGCAAACCAGCUUUAGCUCGUCAUCAUUGUGUGCUUAGAGCAAGUUCACCUGCUUUGGCCUCCACUCUGAGGGUGGGGUCACUGCUCCUUCUAGAGCCUGGGCUUAGCCACCGGGCCCAUCUGCCAGUGGAGGCACUGCCCCUGGGUCUGAUCUGUUGACAUGGAGACCUGAGAGGCACUAUUUCCUGCAGAUGGGCAGAAGAGGCAGCUCUGACCCCUCCUCCCUUAUCCCCUGUUCCCAGGCAGUUGAGAAAUACUAAUCAAGCCAGUCCUGUCUUCACCUUGGAACCAGCGUCGAGGGAGUGUGCCCCAGCAGAGUCCGUUCUAACUGGCUAGUGGCCUCAAGUGGGCCGUGGGUUGGGUCAGGAUGGGGACCAACUUGGCAGACAGCCAUCAGGGCGGCCUCAGGGAGGUGUGUGGCCUGCCCAGGCAGGGCAUUCUCCACACACCUAGUUGGCCCUGGAGUGUGUGGCAGCUGAGUGUGCUGGCUGCUGGGGAGAGGGGCACUGCAGCAGGGUGUGGGUGUGGGUGUGAGUGUGGGGAGCUCCUGGGCCAUGCGCUUCCCUACGCUCUGCUCUAUCUAUUGACACAUGAAUGUAGGUAAUUUGGGGACGGGGCUGGGAUGUGAUGUGUGCAUGUUUCUAGAGGCUUGCUUGUGUGACUGCCGGUCUCUGUGUGUGUUUGGGGCACACAUACAUGGAAUAGUCCCUCAGCAACGGGACUGGCCAGGGAGGAGCCGCUGUGCGUGCAUGGUGGGCGGGGUGUGCACCCAUGUGGGGAGUAGUGACCCAGCUGCCUGUAAGGGCCCUGGGCCUGGGGGUGCGUGUGUGGGGUCUCUACCUCCACCUGCUGUCCCUGGGGCUGCGGGCUUUCCUACUUUUCUUCCUUGUGCUUCUUCGAGAGCUGUGUGUGUGUGUGCAGGAGGCAGGCAGGGCUGUGCUCAUGGUGGCUUGCUCCGUGGCUCUCAUGGCCCACAUCUGUAGUGUCUACAUCUUCCUUCAGGGGGUUGCCUGGUCUGCCCAGCUGGUGGGGAGCUGGGUGAUGCUGCACAUAUGGCUCUACCGUGCCUUGCUGGAGACCCUCAGACGCGUUCCUUUACUCCCGCUGUGUGAGCAGGCGGCCAGGUGGCUGGUGUGGGCCGGCAUGCAGGCUGGCAAAGGCCUGGCUCGGGUGUGGGGUGUGGCGACCUUUGUGCAGCUGUGUGCCCACACGGUCUUCCUGAGCAUGUACCUGUGCAUGCACAUCUGCUUUGCCACCAUCAGCUCUAAGGUCCACAUGAGAGUGCACGCGCCGUUCUGUGUCUCACUGCCCUUGAAGGUCCAUGCCCCUCGGAGCCUGGACAUCAAAGUGGGGCUGCAGGGCCAGAAGCAUGGGAAAGCCACGGGGGAGGCGGGUAUGCCUCAGGGGGAGAUGUUGGGGAAGCAGGAACCCCAGACGUCCAGAAGCCCCAAGCCCACCAGGAGAAGGGAGGUGUCACGGAGUGAGCUCAGUCCAGGUGGGUAAGGGAAGGGGCUGCUCUGUGCCCCUUGGACUUGUCCCAGCCUCAGGUGCUAGUGCCCUCUUCCUGCAGCCAGCCCAGGCCUGGAGCCUGCAUCUCCUCCUGCACAGCCAAGCCCGUGUGGUGGCCCCUCCUCUCCCUCACUGGGCACUGGCACCUCUUUCCUAGGCUGAGUGGUCUCUGGGGAAGGCACAGGUGGAAUGACAGGGGCAGAUUCCAGUCCUUGCCCUCUGUCCUCUGCGAAUAGGGCUGUUCAUGACAGUGUUGGGCCGGGAGUCUUUUUCCUCCUCUGCCCUUGCCUUUCUGUACACCUGCCUCCCUCUGUGUUUGUUGCUUUGUCUUGCAGCAGCUCCCUUCCUCCCCUUUCGUCUCCUGCCCUUCCUGGUGGGCUGUUUCUUGUCUGGCUUCUCCAGGUGUUCCUCUCUUCUCGGCCACUGUGCGUUCUGCCCUAGGAGUCCUUCGGCCCGGGCUGCCUCUUUUCCUACCCAGCCCCCUGUCCGAGUGCCCCCAGGUGUGCCUGGUCAUGCUCUGCUCACCCCUGCGCUCUCU